AUGACUCGAUUGGGAAUUGAAUUUCUCAGCCCUCCCGCUGCGCAGAGCCGGUCCUGCCCGCCCCGCCGCCGGAGCCGGGCGCCUACCCGGCCUUUCCAGGCGGAGCCAGGGGCGCGUGGGCGCGCGAACAGCCCUGAUCCCGCGGCGGCGUCCGCGCUCCGCGUUUUCGCUAGCGCCGGGCAGGCUGCCGAGGGCGGGGUGCGCUGCAGCGCGGCGCGGGCUGCGGAGCAGGGCGCACUCCGCCUGCAGCCCAGCGAGCGCCGCCUCCCGCGGCCGCCGCGCCCGACAGCGCGCCCCGGAGCGUGCCCGCCUCGCACAGCCUGCGCUGACCUCCGCGAGGGGCACCGCGGCCGGCACGGCCACGUCCCGGGCUUCGGAUGGUUCGCGUGCUGCCCACCCUCGCCCGCCGCUGACGCCGCGGACCUCAGCUCCGCAGACCCGCCGCGGCGCCGACGACAGUCCAGCCGAGUCCCGCUCCCUCGCCGGGGUGAGUGGGCUCCGCAGAGGGGCUGCGGGUGCGGCGGUGAGGGGCGAGCGCCGCGGGGGAAGGGCCCGGCACGGUCCGCGUCACUGCGGGGGGUCUGUGACACCCAGACUGGGUCGGUGUCGCAGAAAAUGGGGGAGAUGGGCAUAAUCGGUUUGUUGGGCUUGGUAGACAGUGAAAGCAGAUACUGGGGCUGCAGCACCAAGUGGGCUUCAGAGAGGCUGCCCGCACGGCUCCCGCUUGCGGCAUCACAACCAACUCUUCCCUUGAUUCUCUCCUGCGUGGAAACCCGUUCAGUAGCCCCAGAGUUGGGGCGAUGCGGGGCGCGGGGAGGCCGGGGUGCAUUGGUCUGUGUCCACCUCUUAGGAUCGCCUGUCACCUACUGGCGUCCGGAGGCAGGGUGCCUAUUCUCCCCUAACGCUCUGGGGAAAGGGCCGAUUGCUUUUUGGCUGAGGUGCAUCAGCUCCCCCCUCCCGCCCCCGCCCCCGCUCCCGCCCCAGCAGUGGUGUUUUCUGGAUUUUGCACGUAUAUGGGAAAGAGUGGGAGCGUCUUCUUCCCUUUAGGCAGAAAAAGUUGGAGAAACUGGGCAUGUUAAUAAUUAGCAGGACCGGGACUCAGGAUGCAGCAGAAAGCUGUUAAAUUUUCAUUGCCCUCUAAGAAAAACAGACGGCAUCGCCAGUGACUGUUGGCAGUGCCAUGUUAUUUGGGGGACUUCGGGAAAAUUGUCCACAGAUUGUCUUCAGGAGGCUGAAGAAGGAGGUGGGGGUGGGGGGAGGAUGGCUGGCACUGCCCUGAGUUCCAGCUUCCCUGAGGAGGAUUCAGAGUCUUAAGCCAAACACGUUUGGUUGCUGAUUUUGAAGAGUAUGGUAGGCAGAGCUGCGGCCCUGAGCAGGGUGAAGAACACAGCAUGGGAACUGCCUAAAGGAAAAGAACAUGUAAGGAUCUUGCCUCUCCCGAGGAGUUAAGAUGCAUUUGUGCUACAAAAAGCAUGCAUAUAUACGUGGCUUUGGGGACGGGUUUUAUGAAGGACAGAUUACAUGUAAUGAAAUUGUAUUUGUGCAUGCCGGUACAGUUUUGUCUACCCCCCAAUUUUAACCAGACUUCAGAAGGCACUGUCUGCAGCUGAUGUUAUAUAAUUGAUGCGGUUCACCAUCAGUUAAUUUAUAAUGUGCCUUUGGAGUAAAAGGAACUUCCGUCUGUUACUUCAGACAAACCCAAGGUGUAGAUGGGUGAGGGUUGCUGAAUGUUUGCCCUGGUCUGGCUCCAGAUGUGUGAGCUCAGCUGUUGCCUGUCACUUAGGUGACAACUGGCCUUUUCCCACUAAGCCUUUGCUGUCUCCAUUAUCCUCAGUGAAGUGUCAAUGUUCAGCCGCCUUCUAUUAUCAGAGUGGACUCUAGCCCCUUGGGAGGUGGCAGCCUUGUUUCACCAUCCCCAACAAUAUGUCUGUUUUCAGACUCUAGGAAGGAAAAAAAAAAUCCCAUGACAGCAAGAUAGAUACAUUUUGAAUUGAGCACCAACUUAAUCCAAA